UUUACUUGUUAAUUAACAGUAUGCAUGCCAUUUACAUUAUUUUAAUUGCUGGCAUGUUUGCAAUUAAGCACAUUAUUAUAACAAUAUUUCAUGAUGAAACUCCGUUUUGAGAUUUAGAAAUAUUUUUUGGGUUGGUAGUUGCAGAGCAGAUAGUCUAGUUCUCCUCUAACCUGAAUUUACCUAGGAUUCUUAGUUGUACUUAUGUCUUAGCAUCGUGGUUAGUUGUCCUUGUCAUCUAAGGAAAAUGUGUCUCUGGUGUUAAGAACCUAAUCUUUGCACACCUGAGUCGUCUUCUUUUUUUUUCCCCCUCAAGAUUUAUUUAUUUAUUUAUUAUUUAUUUAAUGUAUAUGAGCACACUGUAGCUGUACAGAUGGUUGUGAGCCAUCAUGGGGUUGCUGGGGCUUGAACUCAGGACCUCUGCUCACACCAGCCCUUCUUGCUGCAGCCCAAAGAUUUAAUUAUUAUCUGUAAGUACACUGUAGCUCUCUUCAGACACACCAGAAGAGGGUGUUAGAUAUCACUCUCUUACGGAUGAUUGUGAGCCACCAUGUUGUUGCUGGGAUUUGAACUCAAGAUCUUUGGAAGAGCAGUCAGUGCUCUUAACUGCUGAGCCGUUUCUCCAGUCCAAUAGCUAUAUUUUUAACAGAAACUUUAAAACACCAAGACAGCUGAAAGUCUUCUUGUGAGUAUGUCACUUUAUUCCUUAUUUCUAUUUUAAACCACAUAGUAAUGUGGUACAUAAUUUAUUUCUGUGAACCAAGAAAUAAGCUUAGUUCUCAUCCAGUAGGGUUUUGGCAGAUUCAAAAUUUUAAAAUUUACAAUUUUAUCAUCCUAUACUUUAUGACUAAAAUAAAUGUUUAGAUGAUGGUCCCUCGUGUAGUUAAGAUGAUUUUGUUGCUAGUUUUGCUUCCCAGAAUAAGCUCCAUAUAGAAGUGCCCAAGGAGAUAAAUUAGAUUAAAACUCAAGGAUGUUCAUAGCAGCAGGUUUAUAAUAGUCCCAAACUGGAAACAACUCAGAAGACUUUCAAUAUUAGUGAAUAAAUGCACUAUGAUCUGUUGGGUGACAGAGCAUAACAUGUAAGAAUAUGCACUGUAGUAGUUUAUUUAGGAAGUUAAACCCUGAAAGUUAUAUUUAUUUAGUCAGGUAUGUUUGGGUAGUGUGACUAAAGAAAUGCGAAAGAGUGCACAGGGAGAUAGCUUGCUUGGCAAAGUGCUUGUUGCACACACACAAAGGCCAGAGGGAUGUCUAGUAGCAGUAGAAAAAAACGGCACAGUCACACAUCCUGGUAAUCCCAGAUAAGGUGAGGCAAAGACAGGAAGAUGUGUUGGCCAGCUGCACUAGCUGGAUGGUGAGAACCAGGUUCAAUGAGAAAUCAUCUCUCAAAAAAUAAUAUGAGAGCAACUGAGGAAGGUACUCAGUGUAAUCUGUGGCCUUCACAUGCAUGUGCACACAUGUGCCCACAUACCCACACAUGAAUACACAUGAAUACUGAGGAAGGUACUCAGUGUAAUCUGUGGCCUUCACAUGCAUGUGCACACAUGUGCCCACAUAUCCACACAUGAAUACACAUGAAUACUGAGGAAGGUACUCAGUGUAAUCUGUGGCCUUCACAUGCAUGUGCACACAUGUGCCCACAUACCCACACAUGAAUACACAUAUACAUACCAAGAAAUGGAGGAAGCAAAUAAAUAUGAAAGGGUAAGUAUUACAAAGUCAGGUAGUCCUUGCCAUUGUGGGAAGAGAACGUAGAGAGUUGAUAUCGACCUUUGAAGGUUGAUAGAAAGGAUCUGUUCUUUGACUGGGCAAUGCCCUCAAAGAAAUUCACUUUAUAAAUACCUACACCUUUUAAAACCUCUGUGUGUGUGUGUUAUUUACACAAUAAAUACACAUGACUAAAUGUGGCACUAUCCAGAUGAGGUGGCACAUGCCUGUAAUCUGAGCAGUGAGCAGGCUGAGAUAAGAGGGUUGCUAGAGCAACACGGCUGAUAAGUGAUAAGACCCUGCCUCAAGUAAAUGAGGAGGAACAAGAGCAUGGUAAUAAUCCCCACUCUAGAGUAAUACUUAAGUAUAUCAAACAAACCAACCGUGGAUUGGAUUGGUUUGGCUUGGUUUGGUUUUUUAUUGUAUCUAUUGUAUCUCUUUCAAUUGUGGCAAGUCAGAUAACUCCUUCAAGAUCUAAAGGAUCUUCUGUUACAUGGAAGUUCUUUCUUCUGAUCUCUGAUGAGGGGUAGGGGAAGUAGGCCAUAAGCUGUUCUUUCUGUAGAUUAUAGGUAUUGCAAUAGAGCUUCUGUGUUGUUGGAGGUUUUAUGUUUUGUUUGCUUUGUUUUUCACUUUCUCAAAAUGAAAGGGAAAGUUUUGAGCAAUAUAUUCUAAUAUGAUACCCCCCUAUUUAUGGUUUUUCAUGACAAGAGUUUUUCUGUGUAGCCCUGGCUUCUUAGAAGUUGAGAGCAACUUCAGGCUGGCCUCUGCCUCUCUGAGUUCUGGCAUUAAAGGUGUAACCUACCAUCACCUGGCUGAGUUUUUGAUGUUUAAGACAAUCGUUGUAGUUGAGAAAGACCAGAAGAGAUGAUAACCAGACAGAUAUGAGGCCUAGGUCAGAUCUGUGUUGACACACCUCCCCAUUCUCUUUAAACCAAUUUCCUUGUUAUCGUGUCUUUGUUAUCCUGGUGCACAGUAAUAUUCGAAGGACUCCUUUUGUUCCCAUAAGUAGUUUAUAGUGAAUUGAGGAAAGUGGAGGUAAUGGACAGCUGCAGCAUCCCGUCAAAGAGAUUUGAAUAAAGAAUAGUGGAGCAAGAGAGGAAGGACACCUACAUCAUUUAGGAGAAAGGAAGAAAAUAGAAACUCAGCUUUAGCCACAAUGAGAUUACGUCCCUGUGGGAUUCUGCAUGAAGAUACCUAGAAAGCAGUUAGAGAAUAGAGUUCUGGAAACUAAGAGAGAAUAUGACUUGCCAUCAGCAUUAAAAACAGUUCAGUUGCAGAUAAUUAAUACAAUGAAUAGAUGAAUGCUAUUGCCACUAGAAAAAAUCUUGAAUGCCAAAUACACAUAUUUAAAUUAUAUCCUCAUGGAGAAAAAGGCAAUGAAAGGCUAAGAAAGGAGUGGGCAGGCAUAGGAAAUGAAUGGGCAGUCCUAGAAAUAAAAGACACAGUUUUUAAAAGGCAGUUGAAAGCUUUUGAUUAAAUACAGUUAGUGAAUCCAUUUAUAACAAAAGAUUUAGGUCACAAGGACAAAGGGGUGGGGGAGACUUUAGCAAGUCAUAGGUGUCAACAAAAUUUUGGAAUAUUCCAAAAAAGUUAAUCAGGUGUGAGAGAUUUGGAAUUGUAUUCUGUUUCUUACUCUACAGGGGGUAGAGGGGAAAGUUUUGAAUAGACAGCCCAGAUGCCAAAGGUGCUCAGGACCCGGGAAUCCAUGUGGUGCUUUAAGCAAGGGUGUGGGUUUACCUAAGAGCAGUCUGUGCCUUAUUUUCUUUACCCUGCGCCAUUCAGGAGCUGCUGCUCACAAGUCUCCUGAACUGCUCUGUGUCCCAUAAGAGCUUCUAGAACUUUGCAGGUUUGAGUAUAAGAAAACCAGGACUUUAUGAGCCAGGGAAGAAACAGGAAAAAUGUACGAAGCAGAAGAAAGCUUUUAAGAAAUGUAAUUAAUUUUUUCAGAAAGUUAGAUAUUUUAUAAAUAAAACAAGAAACAUAUUGUCUCUUAAAAGGUGUAGCCCAAGUUAUUAAAAUUAUUGACAGGCAAGAGUACGAUACUAAAGUUUUAAAAAUCAGUACAAAGGUUUUUUAAAAAGUAAAUAUUCUAGACAAUGAAAAUGGUAAGAAUUUUGAGUAAAAAUUUUCUAAAGUAAAUGUUUUAAAAAGAGAAGUGAGAAAAAUGGGAUGUGUGGAAGGACGUGGACACACAUACCCACAGAGAAUAUACUUAUGAAUAAAACAGAAUGUAAGACAGUGCCCCAGUGAAAGGUAUUGAUUCUAUGCUGUAAAUUAAGAAGAUACACUGAAUGUUCAUUGACUUGUGUCUUAAAAUAUCACAGGCUAAACCAGAAACCAAGGCACACACUCUAUUGUUCCAUUUCUAUGAUCCAUACAGGGUAAAUAAAUCAAGCAAUAGGAAACAGAUCAUAACCUGCCAGGGCCAGAGAGGGAGGGUGGGGAACAAAUGCUUAAUAUUUAUUUGGCUUCUUUUGGGGUGGUGAAAAUGUUUUAGGUGUUAUGGCUGUACUAACGAUUACUGAGUUGUUCCUUUAAAAUGGGUACGGUCUAUGUGAGUUUUAGUUGAGAGAGGAUGGGUGGAGGGGAGUACAAAAAUAAUAGGAUUGGACAUACUGCCCAGUAGCACAGUACCCUGCAUUCUCCAGUGUGGGGCUAGAAUGGAACAGGGGAAUUUAAUAGCUCUAAGGGUCAGUAAGCAAAAUUAUAAAAUGGCAGUAAAUAAACCUUGGAGUAAUUUUUUUGUCUCUCCCUCCUACUUUCUAAAUUCUGUGUUCCUGUACUUACUUUUUUAGAUUUAUUUAUUUUUUAAUUUUGUAUAUGUGAUUAUUUUGUCCAUAUAUAUGUAUUUGUACUAUGUGUGUGUCUGGUGCCCAUGGAGGCCAGAAGAGUGUGUCAGGUCCCUUAGGACUGAAGUUACACCACCAUUUUGAUGUUGGGAACGGAAGUUCAGCUCCUCUGUGAGAACAGUUGCUCUUAACCACUGUGCAGGAUCUGGAUUCUUACUGGCUUAGUCUGUCAGGCAUUUCUUUCUCAUCCAUGCUACUUGUCUGUCAUGACGAGAGCACUUUGUGCCACAUCAUCACUCAGGGUCUAUAAUGUUAAUCGUCUUACUGUGGUGUUGCCAUCUCAAAAGAUGAUGCUUAAGUUCCUGUAGUGUCGGGGCUGUGAACCUCUAUCUUCUCUUAGGACCUUUGGCCCUGGCUUGGUGCCAUGGAAUUGAGUGUCACCCCAGGUACUCAGAAAGGAAAGGCAGAUCAAUUAUUGUAAGCUCUAGAAAUCCUUACCGCCUAUGAAGAGUCUUCACUGGGCUCACCCAGGUCCGAAGAGAGGAACCAGCAGAGCACCGUGCUUCUAAAACUUUGAAGGAAAAUUAUUUCCUAUAGCAUUGUGGGCCUAGUUUAAACUGUCAGAUAAAAAGUGUUAGUAGAACUAGCAUCCCUUUCAUGAGAAGGUCAGAAGCUAUGUUACAAUAAUAAAAAGAGAAUAAAACAAGAGAAAGAUUUGAGAAUCCACAGCCAGGGCACAGUGCAGGCUACUGUUGAGACUGAGGUAGUAAAACUAAAAAGCUGAGAAGGCCAGGUGUGGUAAAGUGAAGUGAGUACGAGCAGGAGGAAGGUCGGGGCAGGAGGGUCUGAAAUGGAAGGCCAGUCUGGGCUACAUAUGAGACCGUCUUUAAACAAACAGACAAGACAACACAUGAGGAAAGGGAGAGAUGGAGAUAUGUGUGACAAUAUCAGGAAUUGUGUUUCUGUAAGAACUUAGACUGAAAAAAAAAAACAUUUAGUAAAUAAAAAGGAUUUAUAAAGUCCCAAAAUACUGAGUGACUUCAAGUAGUAAACUGUACAGAUAUAUUUUUUCUUACUAAAUGCUAAAAGCAAUCCUAUUAUUUCUUUUAAAUAGCUAGCUCUUCUAAAAUCAUCCAUUUUCUUGAUUAUAUAUUUUGUAGAUUCUCUUCUGAAUUGUAUCAAUAGGAAAUUAUCUAUCGGUAUGGCAUUGUUUCUCUUCUUUAAGGAAACUGCCUUCCCAAAGUCCUUUAUUUCAACUUCAUACCCAGGACUUAACGAUUUCCUGUUGGUUGUUUCUUUUGUUUCCUCAUACAAGAGUCUAGACUUUAUAAUAGGCUGGUGUCUGAUGAAAACAGAAGGCAUGUUCUUUCCCUACUCCCCGUUCUCUGCAGUAAUGUGAUUGCUCUAAGAAGCUGAUGGUCCAAGGGCAUCUAACCAAAGUGGUAGAAGAAUCAAAGCUUUCAAAAGAAAAUCAGGCAAAAGCAAAGGAAUCCGACUUAUCAGACACUCUGAGUCCAAGCAAGGAAAAAAGCAGCGACGACACUACAGACGCCCAGAUGGAUGAGCAAGACCUAAAUGAACCCCUUGCUAAGGUGUCUCUAUUAAAAGAUGACUUACAGGGUACCCAGUCAGAAACUGAGGCCAAACAAGACAUUCAGCAUCUUCGCAAAGAAUUGGUGGAAGCCCAGGAGCUAGCUAGAACAAGUAAACAAAAAUGCUUUGAACUUCAAGCUCUUUUGGAAGAAGAACGAAAAGCCUAUCGAAAUCAAGUUGAAGAAUCAGCUAAACAAAUACAGGUUCUUCAAGUCCAGCUGCAGAAGUUACACAUGGACAUGGAGAAUCUCCAGGAGGAAAAGGACACGGAAAUCUCCAGCACAAGAGAUAAAUUGCUUAGUGCCCAAGAUGAGAUUUUGCUCCUUCGUCAAGCAGCAGCAGAGGCUGUGUCUGAGCGGGACACUGACUUUGUUUCUUUGCAAGAAGAGCUUAAGAAGGUCAGAGCGGAGCUUGAGGGCUGGAGGAAAGCAGCGUCUGAAUACGAGAAUGAAAUCAGAAGUCUGCAGAGCAGCUUCCAGCUUAGAUGUCAGCAGUGUGAAGACCAGCAAAGGGAGGAGGCAACAAGGUUGCAAGGUGAGCUGGAGAAGUUGAAGAAGGAGUGGGAUGUACUGGAAACGGAAUGCCAUUCUCUAAAAAAGGAGAACGUGUUGUUGUCUUCAGAACUGCAGCGACAAGAGAAAGAAUUGCACAAUUCUCAGAAGCAGAGUUUUGAACUCACGAGUGACCUCAGCAUCCUUCAGAUGACUAGGAAAGAGCUGGAGAAGCAAGUGGGAUCCUUGAAAGAACAACACCUUCGGGAUGCAGCUGACCUAAAAACUCUCCUCAGUAAGGCUGAAAACCAAGCAAAGGAUGUACAGAAAGAGUAUGAAAAGACACAGACUGUUCUCUCAGAACUGAAGUUGAAGUUUGAAAUGACUGAGCAGGAAAAGCAAUCAAUCACAGAUGAGCUCAAACAGUGUAAAGACAACCUGAAGCUGCUGCGAGAGAAAGGAAAUAAUAAACCCUGGCCCUGGAUGCCCAUGUUGGCGGCCCUGGUUGCGGUGACAGCUAUGGUGCUGUAUGUACCAGGUCUGGCCAGAGCUUCUCCAUGACAGUGUGUCUUGAGUCUGUACACCGUCCUCCCUCUAGAAGCCGGCAGCACACUCAUGCUGGGGACAAGCAGAACCAUUCUCUUCCUUUUUACCUCUUAAAACAGCAAAGUGCAAGAAUACAGCUGGAGGGUCAUUGCUUUAAUUUAUAUAAAAUAUAUCUGUCUAUAGAGAGGAUAGAAAGUUGUGAAUUUAUUCGGUUUUACAUGUAAUUUUUAAAUUAGUAUGUUGAGAUUCUGAAUAUUAUGGUGGCCUAAAGUACGCUUCUUAGUGCACCAAAUUAUUUAUACCAUAAAUUUAUAGAUAUUUUACUCUGAAUUCUAAUGGCCACACAAUUCAUUUUUCUGAUUCGAUAACUACUCAAACCGAACAACCAAUACAUACAUGGGAAUAGAGGCCCUGUGUGCUCAGUGCCUAUCAGUUUGAAUAUAUACACACACACAUAUAUAUAUUUUUUUUACAUAUUUACGCCAUUUUUACUUGUUAUAAAACCACUGAGCUAUUGGGAACAAGACUUAGACAAUUAUUUGUGUGGAUUUUUUUUUUAAAGGAAAACUACAUUUGAAAAAUAUUCUCUUAUAAUAAUUAUUUGGGGAAUACAUACGUGUUUGUUCAGCCUUAAUGUGACUUGAAGAUGUGAAGGACAUCAGCUUUGAAAACUUUCCAUGAGAGUUUGUAUUUUCUUGAGCAAACUGAAAUAUUACUGGGAGCAAAAACAUAAGUGCAUAAUUUCAAUGCAAUCAACCAAACUGUUGAGUGAAUUGGAAUGUAACUUACUAAACCUCAUGUAUUUAAGAAAUGUUUUCUUUAAAAGCCAAGUUACCUUCUCAUAUACAGCAGUUUAGAAAGCAUGAUUUUUUUUUCUGUCAUCUGUUCCUCCAAGCAUGUUUAAUUGAAAGAAGAAUUAUAUCUGUUUAGAUAAGCUUUUAUUGACUUAAUUUGGUUAUGAUGUGGAGCUAAUUCACAUUCAAGGUGAACUGAUGUUCUCUGCUAGCAGAUUUCUUGGUUGGGUAUACAAAUGGUUAUUCUCUUUUUGUUGUUAAUUGGAACAGCCUGUCAAUUAGUAGCACUAUUCCCAAGAUUGGCAUUGUUCCACACACAGUGACACACCUCAGCACUGCUUGGCAUUAUACAUUUAAACACAGAGGUUAAAGUUUAGCUGUGGUUUUGUGCAGCACCAUAGUGAUGUCAAUGUCCUAAAGUAUCACGUGCUUAGGUUUUCUUCAGUCAGGGAAGACUGGAAGGGAAGGCCAGUGAGUUGGUUUGAAUGUUGUAUGAGAACACCCAGAUCUAGCCAGAUAUUGAAAAAGGACUUUAGGAUAUAAUUUGUCUGUGAUGUUUGGCAGUCAUUAUUUUUACUUUAAAAGUUGUAUUUAAAGCUAUUUGGGAUUGUUGCCGGGAGAAUCACUAUAUUCAUGGAGGAAUUAGCCACAAAUGACUUGUAGAAAAUACUGUCGUAUAGUUCAUUUUACCAUUCUCUGUUGCAGGAAGCCACCCCACCACAGAAUGCUGAUAUGCCAGUGGUACCCAGUACCUCUUGUAUAUAGUUAUUGCAAAUACUGUUAUGAAAUGCAUAACUUCAAAAUUACCUUUUUUAAAGUAAAUAAUUGUUUGAAAUCUAUUUUGUAAAGAUAAAACGUACAAUAGAAUUUCUGGAGUACAGAUUAAACUAUUUGCACUAACACACGUGAUGUGCAUGAUUUAAUAAAAUAACUUUAAUCUCCCUUUGCA